CUCUCUCUCAUACUUGUUUAAGCGUAUUUGAAUUUCGCACUUUUCAUUUCGAUGAUGAAUUUCACCCAAUCUAUCUUGUUUAUGAAACUCACGAAUGCUAAUUUCUGUUAACAAAUUGAAUCGUUUCUAGGUUUUUCGUUUCCGAAUUAACUGUUUUGUUUAUCUGUUCAUUGAUAUUUUAUCAUCUGCUUCUUGUUUUUUUUCUUAAUUGAUUGUUAUAUAGUUACAUCACUUCCUCAUUAUUGUAUAUAAUUUCCAUUGUUAACUAUUGAUUUUUCUAUGGAAAAAAGAGGCCUAAAUCUCUAUUUGUCAAGCAAUCUGUUAAGUAUGUUUGUAAAUUCUGAUUCAAGAUGUGCAUGGUGUCUGACACACUCGAGCUUGACACGCGCCGACACAUGUGGAUAAAUUCGAGUAAGGAUUCUCUAACUUUAGGGAGGGAAAGUUAGAUUAAAUUUAGGCAAAAAUGAGAUGAAAUAAGAGAAACGGUGGUGUUUAUUUUGGAGGGAAAAAGAAGUGAGAGAAAGUAAAUUAAGAGAGAGAUAGAGAGGAAGUUAGAGAAAGGUAGGGGAAUGGAAGUUAGAGGAUCCAAUUCCGUCCGGUGUCAUUGUAUGUCAGUGUUUUCAUAGAUUGUGUGUGCCUCAUUUGAGAUGUUACUUUUGUUUAAAAACUAGCUGUGUUUGGAAAUGCGGUGGAAAUGUGAGGGCACAUGUUAAGCAUGAUGUGAUGCUAGUAAUUGUGGCUUGAGACAGUUUGCGGGGACGUCGUGAAUCUGCCACUUUCAAAACACAGAUUGACAUAGAGGAACGAGGCUGUGUUGCAUCCGUAUCUGUUUUAUGAAAUUCUGUUUAACUUUUGCAUUAUUUCCCAUCUCUUAAAUCUUCUACAUUUCCUUGGUGUUAGGUCUGUUAUUUUUGUAUAGUCUCUGGAGAGUGAAUUGGAUUUGCAAUGGGAAUCAACAUGGCGUAUUUUUAUGUUCUUUUAAACCAUUAUGAUUUGUACGAUGUUUGCAAUUUCAUGGCUAUUCUGAACUUUGUAUUAUCAGCUCUACUUAAAUACAAGCACAUUGCAUGCAUGCCCAUCAUUUGUCGAACACUGACAAUCCGAUACCCGAGCGUGGUGCGCAUAAUUUACUCUUGGAAUAAAUAAAUAGGGAUUUCAAGCCACAUCUUAGUAACAUCUUUGUAGUAAUGUUGUCGAUGGCGGUCCAUGGCGGAGAGCCAAAAUCCCGCCAUACCGGCUGCUUUGCGGCACCGUUAUAGCAGAUUAUGGCGGAAAAACCUGCAAUAUCAGCCAAUAUUUACCAUUGCGGCGAGUCAAAAAACCGCCAUGUAUAUCCGCCAUAGAGGCCAUGCCACCGCUAUUUGAUAACAAUGCUUUGUAGAAAGAAACAAGCCGGUUUGGAUUUUGGAGUUGCACUCAACUCAACGCAGCUGACCGGAAGACUCUGCCUGAGUACAUUUCCGGCUACCUGAAACUGAAUUACGCAGCAGCAGAGAGAUUGCACGAUAAAGCAAGACGUGCCAUUGACAUUAUAGGAACUGAUUUGGUUCGUGUUAUAACCUGUACUGCACUCCAUUAGAUUGAAUUAGAGUUUUGUUAACCGGGAGGAUUUGUUAUUGAGUGUCUGUAUAUCUGAGAAACAUGUUGAAGCAAGCAAUUGGUAGAAUUUGCAGCAGGACCAAUGUUUAUUCUUGUGAAGGAAACAGCGUUUUGCCUUGGAUUUAUGUGCCUUCCUGUUUUUUCCACAAUGGACAGGCAAAUUUGGCACCGAGAAGCUUUUUUGGGGUAGAGGAUUUCGUCGAUGAUGACAACAGCCGACCCUAUACAUACCAAAAAGGGAAGAAGUCAAAGAAUCCAAACAAACACAUAUCAUUCAAACAAAGAACAGUUGCAUACAUGGAGCCUUUUACACUUGACGUGUUUAUCUCAAAACGUUUUGUAUCUGCUUCACUCACUCAUAGAGUAACAAGCAAACAGGUUGCAGUUGCAGGUACCAACUCCAAGGACAUUAAAGCUGUUCUUAGAUCUCGAUCAGACAUACCAGCAUGCAUAGCCAUUGGUCGGAUUUUAGCUGAACGAGCAGUGGAAGCGGAUGUUUACACUGCUUCAUAUACUCCAAGGGAACGAGAUAAGUUUGAAGGGAAAAUCAGAGCUGUUGUUCAAUCACUCAUUGAUAAUGGGAUUGAUCUCAAGGUUUAUCUUGAUUGAGUCUCGCACAAUCUUUUAAAGCAAACACUACCAGCCGGUUAAGUUAUUUAGAUUCUGGUUGUGUUUCAUUUAUGUCCAUGUAGCUUGAUAAAUUAUAAAUUGAUAUAUAGUUUUGUGAACUAAAGAUUAUGGCAUAGGUAGACAUCGAGCGAGUUUUCCAUUCUAACAACAUAUGCAAAUUUUCAAAUUUACUUCUCCAUAGUUCCUUGUGAUACACUCCACUUAAUAUUUGGACUUAUGUAUUUGUGGUAGUCAUAAAAAUUUAUAGUCAUGAAA